UUCCAAUUCCAAUUGAGCUACUCUGCCAUUGUCAGUCCAUGAGAUAAUAAGAGAAGAACAUCUUGUGCUAGUACUUUGGAGUAUACAAUCGUGGCCACCAUGCUUGUCCAACCACCAAUCCCAACUUUCCAUACUAACAUUCUUCCAUUGCUCAGAACCACAAACAUGGUGAUAACUCACACUUCACCCUCAACCACUCACCAAAAGACACAAAGCUCAAGACUUGGCGAGUGCCCACCUGGGUUCAGACCCAUUCACAGAGUCAGAGUCAGAGUUGCAGAGCAAACCUCUGGCCUUGUUGGGGAUGAGACACCCACCCAGAUUAAAACUGAGCUUUACCAGGCACUCCAAGGUAUUAAUAGAGGGAUAUUUGGAGUCCCAUCUGCAAAGAAAUCUGAGAUUGAAGGUUUGGUUGAGCAGUUGGAGUCUCAGAAUCCAACUCCAGAUCCUACUGUGAACUUAGAAAAGGUGGGUGGAUGCUGGAAACUUGUGUAUAGCACAAUUACAAUUUUAGGCUCAAGAAGAACAAAGCUAGGAUUGAGGGACUUCAUCUCAUUGGGAGAUUUCUACCAAAAUAUUGAUGUUGCUAAGGGCAAAGCAGUCAAUGUGAUCGAGUUCAAUGUGAGAGGAUUGAAUCUGUUUAAUGGACGGUUAACAAUUGUGGCUUCCUUCAAGAAAGCAUCCAAAUCAAGAGUUGACAUCAGCUAUGACAACUCUACAAUCACUCCAGUUCAGUUGAUGAACGUGUUUCGGAAAAAUUAUGAUAUUCUGCUUGGAAUUUUCAAUCCAGACGGUUGGCUCGAGAUCACAUAUGUUGAUGAUACCGUGAGGAUAGGAAGGGAUGACAAAGGCAAUAUCUUCAUAUUAGAGAGAUCAGAAGAAAUUAUGAUUUGAUCUUAAGGU